AUAAUAAGUAAGUAAAAAAGAAACCGGCACUUUUGUAUAGUAUAGGCCACAGACGAUUUGGUCUCUCUCAUUCAAUGCUUUACCAAACUUACUCUCCUUUUAUCUUCCAUUUUCUCUCUACAACCACUUCCUCUAUUUCUUCUUCGUUUUCUUCUCCUCUCCAGUUACAGAAAACCCAAAUGGAAUGCGUUGAAGUGGCUUUGAAAACCAGUAUUAGCAGACAGGAGAUGGCUUUCAAAUUUAACCAACAAGAUUCUUGCGACGAUACGUGGACAGUUAAUGUGCAAAACGGCUCGACGUUUGAUGACUCUAUUGUUGACGAACUUUUAGACUUCUCUAAUGAACCUGGUUUCAUUGGAGGAGACGACGAAGAAGAAGAGGAAGAAAACGUAUGCACUGCCUGUGUUUCUCCUAAACAAAAAGCCCUUGAAGCCGAUAAACUCAGUAAUGACAAAAGCUCCGAUUACGAUUUUGGGUCCGUUCCCGCCAGCGAACUUGGCGUUCCGGUGGAUGAUUUGUCAAGUCUGGAAUGGCUUUCUCAUUUCGUAGAGGAUUCCAACUCGGAAUAUUCUGCACCUUUUCCGGCCGUUAUAGUGGCCGCGAAGCCGAAACAAGAAAACUACCGUUUUGAACCCCAAAAUCCGGUUUUAAUAACAGAGCCUUGUUUCAACACUCCGGUUCCUGCCAAGGCUAGAAGCAAACGGACUAGAACCAGCGUUAAAGUGCGGAACCUUUGGUCGUCUUCUUUAACAGAGUCAUCUUCAAGUUCUAGUUCUACAACGUCGUCGUCGUCUUCAAACCCUUCAAGUCCUUGCCUUGUCUUCCCUUCUCCGGGUAUGAGCCAUGAACUAACCGAAAAAUCCGUUUUUUAUGUAAAACCGCCUGCUAAAAAGUUGAAGAAACGACCGGCUGGUGAGUAUGCAGGCGGUGGGUCUCAGCCGCCUAGGCGGUGCAGCCAUUGCGGUGUUCAAAAGACCCCACAGUGGCGAACCGGUCCACUAGGAGCCAAGACUCUUUGUAACGCGUGUGGAGUCCGAUUUAAGUCGGGUCGGCUAUUUCCUGAAUAUAGACCCGCUUGUAGCCCGACAUUCUCUAGCGAAUUGCAUUCGAAUCACCACCGUAAAGUGCUGGAGAUGCGAAAGAAAAAGGAGCAAUCGGAUCAGCCGGAAACCGAUUUGGCUCCGUCGGUUGUACCCAGUUUUUGAUGAAAUUAUUAGAGUAAUUUCAAACUUAGGGAGAGCAUAGUCGAACCGGAGAUAUCGAAUCCGGUUCAAUUAGGUUUCGGAGUUUAGUGUACAUUUUUUUUUUCUCCCUCUUGGUGGGGUGGGGUAGGUUUGCUUAGUCAUGUAGUGUCUAAUUAGGGAAGACUUUUAAUAUUGUGAUUUUUUUUUCUAGCAAAAUUUUAUUUAUUUAUUUUUUUUAGUUUUUGCUAAUUUUCUUUUUCUAGUAAAAAAAAAUUUAUUGCCUAAACAUUGUACACAUUAUUCCCAUGAUGAGAUUUGCAUUAUUACAA